ACUCAUUGCGAACCGAGACGCUUGCAGAUAAGUUCUUAACCCCCGAAUUGUGUGCGACAAUUGCAGAGUAUUUACGUCAGCAAGGGUUAAAGCGAGGCGAUUGCAGCAUGGACUUCAAGGAAUACCGCCAAAGGGGCAAAGAGAUGGUAGACUACAUAGCGGACUAUCUAGAGAACAUAAGGGAGCGCCGCGUCUUUCCGGACGUAAGUCCCGGCUAUAUGCGACAAUUGCUGCCGGAAUCGGCUCCGAUCGAAGGUGAACCCUGGCCGAAGAUCUUCGCGGAUGUGGAGCGGAUCGUGAUGCCCGGCAUAACGCACUGGCAGUCGCCGCACAUGCACGCCUACUUCCCAGCCCUCAACUCGAUGCCUUCGCUACUGGGCGACAUGUUGGCGGACGCGAUCAACUGCCUGGGAUUCACCUGGGCCAGUUCGCCGGCCUGCACCGAACUGGAGAUCAUAGUCAUGAACUGGCUUGGCAAGAUGAUCGGCCUGCCGGAUGCCUUCCUCCACCUGAGUUCCCAGAGUCAGGGCGGCGGAGUGCUCCAGACGACGGCAAGUGAGGCCACUCUCGUCUGCCUGCUGGCCGGACGCACUCGGGCGAUCCAGCGAUUCCAUGAGCGACAUCCGGGAUACCAGGAUGCGGAGAUUAACGCCCGACUGGUGGCCUACUGCUCCGACCAGGCGCACUCCAGUGUGGAAAAGGCAGCACUUAUUGGACUCGUCAGGAUGCGGUACAUCGAGGCGGAUGAGGACCUGGCGAUGCGCGGCAAGCUGUUGCGCGAGGCCAUCGAGGAUGACAUUAAGCAGGGCCUGGUUCCCUUCUGGGUCUGCGCCACGCUCGGCACCACCGGCAGCUGCAGCUUCGACAACCUGGAGGAGAUUGGCUUGGUGUGCUCGGAGCACCACCUGUGGCUCCACGUGGACGCCGCGUACGCCGGCAGUGCGUUCAUCUGCCCGGAGUUCCGCACCUGGCUGCGCGGCAUCGAGCGGGCCGACUCGAUGGCCUUCAACCCGUCCAAGUGGCUGAUGGUGCACUUCGAUGCCACCGCGUUGUGGGUGCGCGAUAGCACCGCCGUCCAUCGGACCUUCAAUGUGGAACCGCUGUAUCUGCAGCACGAGAACUCCGGGGUGGCGGUGGACUUUAUGCACUGGCAGAUACCGCUGAGUCGUCGGUUCCGUGCGCUGAAGGUGUGGUUUGUCCUGCGGUCGUACGGGAUCAAAGGACUGCAGCGCCACAUUCGCGAGGGCGUGCGUCUGGCCCAGAAGUUCGAGGCCCUCGUGCUGGCCGAUCACCGGUUCGAGCUGCCUGCCAAGCGGCAUCUGGGCCUGGUGGUCUUCCGGAUCCGAGGCGACAACGAGAUCACCGAGAAGCUGCUGAAGAGGCUCAACCACCGCGGCAACCUGCACUGCAUCCCAUCAUCGCUGAAGGGACAGUAUGUCAUCCGGUUCACCAUCACGUCGACGCACACGACCCUGGACGAUAUAGUGAAGGACUGGAUGGAGAUACGGCAGGUGGCCUCCAUGGUGCUAGAGGAAAUGAAUAUCACCAUCUCGAACCGCGUCUAUCUCAAGGAAACCAAGGAGAAAAGCGAAGCGUUCGGCUCGAGUCUGCUGCUCUCGAACUCUCCGCUGUCGCCCAAGGUGGUCAAUGGCUCCUUUGCGGCCAUAUUCGAUGCGGACGAGUUUCUGGCCAAGACCUACGCGGGUGUCCGGAUAGCGCACCAGGAAUCGCCAUCGAUGCGACGACGUGUUAGGGGCAUCCUCAUGUCAGGCAAGCAGUUCUCGCUGGACUCGCACAUGGACGUGGUGGUUCAGACGACUUUGGACGCGGGCAGUGGUGAAUCUCGGACCGGCACCACUAACUCUUACGGCCGCACCACCUCCACGGGCCAAACAAACGCCGAGAGGCAAGUGAGCAUCCAGGAGGACAACGAGGAGUCGCCGGAAGAAACUGAGUUGCUGUCACUGUGCAGGACCAGUAAUAUACCCACACCCGACCAUGACCACGACCAUGCCCACUCCCUGUCCACUCCCAGCCGCAGUUGCAGCUCCACACCCCACUCGUACCCGCAUUCGCCCUCCACCCACCACUCCCCGCCAGCCAAUCAAUUUCGACCUAUUACCUUGUGUGGGUUGUCCAGCCAAUGCCCGCACUCGAUCCCCCUUCCCGCGCCCCUGCCCCAUCGCGAUGUCACCGUGUCCGUGGAUAGCCUCCUGACCCCCGUCACCACCUGCAACGUGUACCAUGGCAAGCGAUUUCUGGAGCCCCUCGAGAGUCUCGCCCAGAGCAGUGCUUCCUUCAGCAGCAGCAUCUUCCGCCUGCCCACGCCCCUUGCCACGCCCCUGGCCACGCCCACCCUGGAGACGCCCGAGGAUCCGGACUGGCCGGCCAAGACCUUCAGCCAACUGCUGCUGGAACGCUACUCCUCGCAGUCCCAAUCUCUCGGAAAUUCGUCGACGGAGAGCAGCAGUCUCAGUGGCGGUGCCACGCCCACACCCACGCCCCUGAGCAGCCUCGAUGAUCUGGUGACCCCAUUGCUGCAAUCCUUCGCCUCCCCCUCCUCGCAACCGAUGCUCUCCGCCCAUGGAAUCGGGGAGGGGCAGCGGGAACAGGAUCACGACUCGGAUGCAACCGUUUGCUCGGCCACCUCGUCGAUGGAAUCACUUUAGUCCUAGGUCAACACCCUACGAACGCGAAUUCUUCAUUAUAAUUUGUUUAAGAACCGGACUAUUUAAACAUGCCUAUAUUUUUUUUUUGGGAAAAAUCAUCUAAAAGACGAGUUAAGAGCACUAUAUUUUAAAGGUCAUGUUUUCUUAAAUUUAUGUGUGGUGGACUCCUCUUUUAGGCCAUGGUUUAUAAAAUUUAAGUAAUAUUGUUUUUUCAGUCUAGGCAGUUUCACCUUAGAAACUGUAGUUUACACAUCUAAUUUAAGUCUUGCCGCAUUCCUAUUAUAAAAUUUUGUAUUGGAUUAACAAAUGUAAUCUACAUUUUGAAGGUAAAGGUUUAGUUGGUCGAAAGAUUUACAUUUAAUCCAAUCAUAACCCACCGUUUUUGAAUGAAGCGGAAGCACUAGUAAUAUAUAUGUUCCAAGAGAUUAAAUUCGCCAAGAAAAAAAUCUAGCUCCAAUCUAAAGAAUUCUUAGAUUCCCUACGAUAUCUCAGCAUAAUUGUACAUAUAUGUGAGUGUGAUUGGGGAGAGGGACAAGUCAUCCAACGCUGCUGUGCAAUCAAUCAAUAAUGCAAGCGAUCGAAGUUUCAAUGCUGAGCCGUACGUUAUAUACAUAAUUUGCAUGCCUAUAUCUAUAUCCUAUUGUAAGAUAACUGAUUAGCGGUCAACUAGUUUUGAUGUCAGUCAGCAGACAUCAGGAUUAGGUAACCAGAAAACUCCACAACUAACCGGCUUACAUAUAUCCAUGUUUAAUCAAUGUAAAAGUGAUUAAAGUUUCAAGGUUCCAGUUA